UGAGUGCGUCGAUAGACACCAAAGCUUUUACAGCUAAGAUUGCUUCUGUUCCUGUUAUUUCUUGUAUUCGGUCUGUGUGAGAGUGACAGGAAGGCCAUAGGCAUUUAAUUUUAAAGGUGUGAUGUACUUCUGUGUAUGUUCUUCAAAAUACCUCAGAGGCUAUUGUCAAAUGAUGGUUUUAAUCGUAGCCUGACAUUUCCAGGCAAAUGAAUCUUCCAUCCUGCUCUUGCCUAUCCAAUAUUUCUUGAACAACCUUGACCGACAGGCAGAGCUCAGAGAUAGAUACCACCUACGAGUCCUGUGAAAACUGACAGCUGGCAGGAGACCCAAGCUAAUGUUUAACAGCCAUCAGCAUGUGUUAUAUGGAAGCAGCCUGCAGCAUUAAUCUGUGUUGCAUUUAAUCCGGAAGUUGGGAAAAUGGGAUUGCCAUGCAUGUAAUAUGGAACGUGAGGUCUCAGGAGGACGAGAGAUCGGAAUGGGUUUAACAGGUUUUGGAGUGUUUUUCCUUUUCUUUGGAAUGAUACUCUUCUUUGACAAAGCUCUCCUUGCUAUUGGAAAUGUUUUAUUUGUGGCUGGCUUGGCUUUUGUUAUUGGUUUAGAAAGAACAUUUAGAUUCUUCUUCCAAAAACACAAAAUGAAAGCAACGGGCUUUUUCCUGGGUGGUGUGCUGAUAGUUCUGAUUGGUUGGCCUUUAAUAGGAAUGAUUCUUGAAAUUUAUGGGUUCUUCCUAUUAUUCAGGGGGUUCUUUCCUGUGGUGAUUGGCUUUAUUAGAAGAGUUCCAGUCCUUGGUUCUCUCUUGAAUUUACCUGGUAUAAGCUCGCUUGUAGAUAAAGUUGGAGAAAGCAACAACAUGGUAUAAUGACAAGAGGGCAGAAGACUGAUUCUAAACUUAUUGUAUUAUUUAUAAAAUCCUUUUGAAGAAUACUCAGCACAAAGAUUAAGUUGUGUACAAAGGAAAGGCUUGUAACAUUCUUUACAUAACAGUUUAAAUUAAAAUGUAUAGUCGACAGUAUACAUUAGAAGCUGGGCAAGUAUGCUUCUAGGAAAAGUAACUCCAGAGUUCAGGAAGUAAACUGAAGAGGUGAAAGUCAUGGAAUAACUCACAUUACAACUGUUCAAGACUGUGUUUGUUGGUUUUGGAAAAGGUAAUGAACCCUUCCGGAUUUAAAGGUGCCUGUACCUUACCUCCUCAUUGUGAAGGUGCAGUAGAGCAAACAGGCCUCCAUUUUUAAGGUCACUCCAACUUCUCCAACCUUCCUCUUGUUACCCUCAGAAUGCAAAACAAACAAACCAAAAAAAAAAAAAAAAAAGCAGAGUACAGAGAACUUGUGUAACAGGAGAUGCAGCUUUGCAUGAAAGUUGAGAUGACUGUUCAUCUCUAAGUAUAUCAUGACUAAAAAGGAAAUCCUGCACACUUCUGUUGUAUGUAUUUCUGUAAAUAUGUGGUUGAAAUAAAACAUUAAGAUAAUGUUUCAAAGCCAAAUGUAAGUUGACUGUAUUUGCCUUCCAUUUUGGAAUAUGCAGAAGGUCAGUCUUCAGUAACUUCAGUCUUAAGUGUUGAUUCUGAACAUGUAGAGUUCAACAGGGAACUCUAGAAACUGACUUACACUCCUUCCAGUUUGUUCUUCUUGAGUUAUGUUAUGUCUGCAUCCAGGUGAGAAUGUAGCCCCUUCUCACUAACGUGGAAACUUCAAAAUGUGUUUGGUUAAAAAAAAAAAAAAGCACUUGGUUACAGUGCUGACAUGGAUCUUGUGAAAUGUAUCUUAUCAGCAUAUGAACCUUUUGUUUUUAAAUGGUUUGAAGCUAAGGUUUCUUUGUUUAUUCUGGAACUACAAGUUGAUGUUUAUUUUUUACAGUAAUAAAAUGAAAACUUAAAA